GCGUUGCCACGUUGUGUUCCCUGGAUCCAGCCGCUUCGGUGCCUGGGGUUCCCCUGAUUUCCCGGAUUUCGUUAGCCGGAGCAUGCCCUCAGGUGGACUGAACUCCUGGCCGUGCCGGUGAACCGGGUUUUGAGCUUUGGAGUAUGAGUAGUGGUGAGAGGAGCAUGCCGUUCCACGGUUCCAUCGUGGUGAUCAAGCGGAGUGGUGGCGAUGGUUCCACCUUUCCCAUGACCAAUGAGAGCUGUUUACUGGGACGACGCGAAGAGUGCGAUAUCCGCGUUCAACUCGAAACCGUGGCCCAGGAACAAUGCCGGAUUGAUGUCAAUGAAAACCAACAGGUAAUCCUGACGUCUCUCUCGAACAACCCGACUUUGAUCAAUGGCCGAGCUCUGAAAAGCCAUGAAGUCGUGUUGUUGGGUCAUAAGGACGUUUUUACCGUGGCUGAUCGCUCGUUUCGAUGGGAGUAUCCGAAGGGAUCGAGCUUGGUCCACCAGUCGGCCAAGAGCCCCAAACGAGGCGGUGUUCUCACGCCCAAGAAAUCACCCAAUAACAGCAGGUCCCGAUUGGACGGAACCCCCAAAAACUCCGGGAAGAAGAGCAAGGCAUUAGCCUUAGCUGGCUCCCGAUCCGUGGAUGCUUUAGCUCAUCGACGCCAAGCCUUAGCCUCGCCAAGAAAGCGAGUAUCAUUUGGACCUUACAUUUCCCCGGAGCUGAUCGAUAAGACUCUUCCACCGAGCACUCCUGUGAGGAAAGGGGCCGUUCCCAAAGUUCAAGAACCAACUACGCCUACCAACAGGAAGGUGGCGACUUCGCCGUCGUCUCUGUUAAAGCAGAGUUUAAAGAAGUCCAUGGCCACCAAACAAGCGCAAGUAGAAGAGAACGAUCAAAAGAGCGUGCUAGUACGGUCCAAUAAUGACACUCCCCGCUUGAAAAACUCGUCCGGCCAUCGUUCUUCUCCCCGGCAAUCGCCCCCCAAUAAGAGUCCAAGUAAGGCUAGCCCAAGAACCCCGAAAUCUGCCAAAGGUUCUGCCAAGAAGAGCGCCAAACUCACACCUUCUACCCAGAUAACUCCAAAGUCUGCCAAGAUUGCUUCGCCAAAGUCUACUCCAAGAUCCAGCGUUUCUGCUUCUUUGUCUACGCCAAAGUCGUCGAGGCAAUCCCCGCAAAAGAAAAUAAAGGUGCGAGUGUCUCCCCAGAAAACCCCGAAAUCAGUAAAGGCCUCUCCCAAGAAAACGCCGAAAUCGGUAAAGGCCUCUCCUAAGAAAACGCCGAAAUCGGUAAAGACCUCUCCUAAGAAAACGCCGAAACCGGUAAAGACCUCUCCCAAGAAAACGCCGAAACCGGUAAAGACCUCACCCAAGAAAACGCCGAUAUCGGUAAAGACCUCACCCAAGAAAACGCCGAUAUCGGUAAAGACCUCACCCAAGAAAACGCCGAAACUGGUAAAGACCUCGCCCAAGAAAACGCCGAAAUCGGCAAAGACCUCUCCAAAGAAAACGCCGAUAUUGGUAAAGACCUCGCCCAAAAAAACGCCGAAAUUGGUAAAGACAUCUCCGAAGAAAACGCCGAUAUCCAUAAGGGCCUCUUCCAAGCAAACACCGAAGUCCGUAGAAUCGUCUCCUCAGAUGACUUCAAGAAUGGCCAAUCUAUCCUCGACGGUCAUUAGUAAGUCAGGGACGCCUUCAAUUGUGGCUUCUCCUAAAUUAGUGCGAACCUCUCCGAAGUUAACUCCAAAACUUACCAAGAACUCGCCUUUAUCAACACCGAAAUCAUUGAAGAGUACCACAAAACUUACUCCAAACAUGUCCAAUGAGACUCCUAAGGUCCAGUCACUGAAGGCUUAUGUGAAGACACCAAAAGCAUCAUCCUCUCAAUUGUCUGCGAAAACUCCUCCUGCAAAAAGCACCAGAUCGCCGAUGAGAACUCCAAAGACGGUUCCAAGGUUAGCAAAGAAUGCCACUUCGAUUAACAAGCGACUCUCUGCUUCUCCGACAAGACAAUCGCGGUCCAGCCCCGUGAAGGUUCAAUCAUUAGGAAAAUCCACGCCAAAAUCCUUGGGGAAAAAAAGGCUAUCGAUGAAAACCCCUCGAUCGGCUGCGAAAAAGGAUUCCCCAUUUAGAAGCUUGGCAAAACUGUUCAUGACUCCAGAGUCUUCAACUUUCGAUGUAGCUCAAGCCGUCAACACUUCGAAGUCGGGAGAGAAGAAAACGCCUCAAAAGCCGUUGCUUAUGAACUCUCAAAAGUCGGUCAUGAAAGAGAAAACGCCCAAAACUGUCGCCCCGCUCAUGACCCCGCGAUCUGUGCGAAUUGGAGCCAAUUCCAAAUCGGUGAAGAAAGAUCCAUUGAAGUCUGUAAGGAGAACUGGAAAAGUGUCCAAGACGCCUAAAAUUUUGACGGCUAAAACUCCGGCAAAAUCAGCGGCGAAGAAGAAAGCUUGGGCAGAUAUCGCCAAGAAAACUCCAGCCGCCAGUGCGUUGAAGACCAUGAAAGUUAAUCGAGCCUUAAGAUUAAUACCUAGGGGACAAAAAGUCAAAAAAGCCCUUUCCAGUGCCAAAAGGAAGAGUAUGGCCAAAAUUCCGACUAAUGCAGAAACCACCGGCCACGCCUUGUCUCCAGAAAACAUUGUUAUUGGCAAAUCUGACCUUGCAAGGACCAGGACUCCAAGAAAAUCAAAGGCCAAAACCAACACACCUUUAUCUGUUUCGAGAAGCAUUCAGAAAACAAAGAAGACGCCCAAGAACGUGAAAGUUGCUACCCCUCAAUCUCUUGGCAGACGUGGGAACAAAUCGUUUUCCGCUUUGCUAACUCCUGGAUUUGAUUUCUCAUCAAUUCAAACUCCCAAUAUUCCACUUGAAACAUUUGUCUCACCUUUGUCUGUGUCCCAAAAGAAAACUCCUCGACGAAAAAUUGAUCUAGAGUCCACACUCUCAACCCCGGUUAGAGCAAACGGAAAGAGUCCCAUGAGAUCCAAAACACCAACGUUUAGUCCCAAGGCAAUCGUACCCAAAAGUCUGAAAAAGAACACACCAUCCAAGAAGACUAAAACACCGAGGAAAAGCCCUGUGAAACAGCUUCCUACAAGAAGUCUGAAUAAGAGCCUUACGAAAUCCCCCACCUUGUCCAAAACGCCCAACAGUCUUGAGUCGACCCCUACGAAGUCGAAGGAGAAAAUGACAAAGACACCCGUCAAGAGUCCUGCAAAGGCCAAGACACAUGCAAGGGCCAAAACACCUGCCAAGAGUCCUGGAAAUGCCAAGAUACCCGCCAAGAGUCCUGCAAAGGCCAAGACACCCGCCAAGAGUCCUGCAAAGGCCAAGACACCCGCCAAGAGUCCUGCAAAGGCCAAGACACCCGCCAAGAGUCCUGCAAAGGCCAAGACACCCGCCAAGAGUCCUGCGAAUCCCAAGAGCUCAGUAGUGUCAGAGUUGCCUAUGCCUGAGAUCCUCUCUAUUUCGGACGUUUCGUUAAAGACCCCCGCACAAGCAAAGACCCCUGCACAAGCAAAGACCCCUGCACAAGCAAAGACCCCUGCACAAACAAAGACACCAUCCAAGACACCUGCAAAAGUGAAGACCCCAUCCAAGACACCUGCAAAAGCGAAGACCCCGUCAAAAUCCCCUUCAACAACUUCUGCCAAGAUAAAGACCCCAGCCAACAACUCUUUCAAGGCAAAAACUCCCUCAAAGAGCCCUAAGAGCAUAUCUAAUGAGGUACCUCUGUCUGAAAUUGUAGACAUAUCGGUUGAUGGACAAGUUUUUCCAUCGCCAUCGGUUUUGGCUAAGAAAUCUCCACUGAAGAGAAACUCCCCCAAACCAAAGGCGACAGCCAAGAGCUUGAAAGAUCAAACAUCUGGAGUGAGCACCGUAAGCCCCGCCCGCAGCCCAAGUAUCACACAAUCUUCAGCAAAGGAUCGCAAAGCAAAAACUUCAUCAGUGAUCAGUUCACUGAAAGCUACCUCUGAUCGGAAGAAGAGGAUAAAUGACCCCAACAUGGCAGCAGAUUACAUGGAAGGAGUGGUUAUCUUCAACAGCCCGGUCACAAGCACUGUUCGACGGAAAUCCACACAAGACUCAACUCAAUCCCCAAUGAAGCCUCCUAGUCCAUCAAAGUCGACAACCUCUACUCCAGUCUUGAUUAAACACACCCCAACUGCUUCCAAAUCUGCUACUAAAACUCCCGCAACGUUGAAGUCACCAGCUUCAUACACGACCACACCUUCGCCAUCGAAACCGGUCCGAAAGGCUCGCGGACGAAAAGCCCCGGCUGUGACCGAAAAAAAACCUGCCAAGACUCGAGGAAAGAGGAAAGGACAAGACGACACAUUACAAUCACCAUCGGCGAAAUUGUCCAAGUUAGAUGUGAGUAUUCAAAAAGACAGCGAUGACGACAGCACAGAACCGACUUCGCCAAUGAAAGGUCGAAGAACUAGGGCCACUCGAAAGGCUUCUAAGGCAAUCCCCAAGAAAGCCCCCGCCGAAGGAACUAAGACAGCUGAGCCAGAGGCUUCAAAGUUGUCUUCCCGCAAACGCUCGGCACCGGAGCAAGAGGUUGAAACUCAGGCCUCUCCUCCCAAACGUGGCAAACGGACAGCCAAGGCCCCAGCCACGCCCAGGACUCAAUCCCCUAAACCAAAACGUGGACGUAGGAAGGUCAAUGCUGCCGCCUCUCCAUUGCCCUCAACCCCCCAAAAGAACGCUCUCAAGACCAAGAAGCAAGAGGGUUCGAAAGCAUCUACGGCUAAAAAAUCCACAGCCAAGAAAACGAAAGGGAAAAAGAUCGCAGAGGAAUUGAAUGAAUCCACUGCUUCCGUUGAAGAAACCGUUGUUAAGACUCCCGCCAAACGGGUUACUAGGAAAGCCGCUGUUUCAACGAAAAAGACAAAGACACCUGUUAAGAAGACACCCAAGGCUACCCGAGGACGGAAAGCCAAAAAAGACGCUGUAGCUGAAGAUGAAACCUUGGCCGUUAGCAGUCCGACCAAAACUAUUACACCGAAACCCACAAGAGGUCGACGAGGUGUCGCUAAAGCUUCAACAAAGGAAAACGACGUGGAGCCGGCUUCUUCUAAGAAAGGUCGAGGUGGGAAGAAGGCGCAAGCCUCACCUGUUCCCCAAAAGAUAGCUGACAAUGAUUCACCCAUGAAGGAAGAGGCAAGUCCUGCGCCGAAGAAGCGAGCUGCGGCCAAGAAAGCCACCAAGGCCACAUCGGCUAAAAAGGCCGCUAAGGCAACUGCGGCCUCAAAGUCCCCUCCUGUGAAGAAGACACGCGGCAAGAAAGCCGUUGCCGAGGCAUCUCCACUUCCAAGUGAAUUGACUAAGCAAUCCGGUGGUCGGACGACUAAAGCUUCUCCUCAAAAAGCGCCAGUGAAGGUCGCCAAAAGUACAAAGAAAACCGUCUCCACCUCGUCGAAAGCAAGUCCGUCUCCAGCCAAGAAACGUGUCACCCGUUCAAGAAAGUAGAUAGAGCACCCCUUCACGUUGAUUAGCAUUUUUUUGCUCCUUAUUUUACAAAUUGAAAUAACUUGUCCCUCUUUUUCUGUUCCAAUCUGACCUCAUGCUUUUGCUCGUGUAAAGCAACUCGACUUCUCUCGAGGAGACACUUUUUUGAAAAUAGCAAUACAAACGGUGAGGAAUAAACCAAGUAUUUUCAUAUUCA